GAGAGAGACAGAGAGACAGAGAGAGAGAGGACCAGAGAGAGAGAGAGAGAGAGACAUAGAGAGGGACAGACAGAGAGAGAGAGAGAGAGAGAGAGAGAGAGAGAGAGAGAGAGAGAGAGAGAGAGAGAGAGAGAGAGAGAGAGAGAGAGAGAGAGAGAGAGAGAGAGAGAGAGAGAGAUGUUAUAACCGUUUUCUCUCCUCCUCCGUCCUUAUAUUCAAACAUCCUGUCCUCCCUCUCGCUCCAUCUCUCCCUCAGUCAUCUCUCCAGUCAUGCUGUCCGUAGUGGUAGAACACAUCUUCCUCCUGGUCCUCGUCACCCUCAUCAGUGUCCUGCAGAAUGCCUUCUUUGCAACGAAGGUAGAGAGGGAGGGUAAAGAGCACCACGCCAACACUUCUGCUUUUGAGAGAGUGUCCUGCGCCAAUCGUAACUGCAUGGAUUCAUACCCUACCUUCCUGGCUGUAUUGUGGUGUGCUGGGCUGUGUCUCAACCAAGCUCCUGCUGCCUUCUCAGGGCUCAUCUACCUGGUGGCCAGACAGAAGUACUUUGUUGGGUAUAUGGGUCAGACAUCUCAGAGCACUCCAGGGUAUGUGUUUGGGAAACGUGUCCUGUCCUUCCUGUUCCUGAUGUGCAUUGUGGGUAUCUUCAACCUCCUGCUGGUGCGUUACUUCGGCAACGACUUUAAAGACACCGUGGAGACCAUCACCACCGCAGCCUCCGCUCUACUCCUCAUUCCCUGAACACGUGUGUGUGUGUGUGUGUGUGUGAGAGGUACUAUGGCAGUGACUAUAAAGUCUAUGUCCAGUUCUUAGCGCCGUGCAUCAUGGGUAGUCAGUAUGCUCAAUAAUUUCACGUUUUAUUUUUAUCGAAAAAAAAAAUGUUUAUUUGAGUAAAUGAAUAAAGUAUUUGGAAAUAAACAACAACAACAACACAAAUA